CAGCAGGAGAUAGAGCAGCUGGACAACCAGCAGGAGAUAGAGCAGAUGGACAACCAGCAGGAGAUAGAGCAGCUGGACAGCCAGCAGGAGAUAGAGCAGCUGGACAGCCAGCAGGAGAUAGAGCAGCUGGACAGGCAGCAGGAGAUAGAGCAGCUGGACAGGCAGCAGGAGGAAACGCAGGAGGACAGGGACAAAAUAAUGAAGGUGCGAAUGCCCCAAAUGAAAAGUCUGUGAAAGAAUACCUAGAUAAAGUUAGAGCUACCGUUGGCACCGAAUGGACUCCAUGCAGUGUAACCUGUGGAGUGGGUGUAAGAGUCAGAAGAAGAGUUAAUGCAGCUAACAAAAACCAGAGGAUCUUACUUUGAAUGACCUUGAGACUGAUGUUUGUACAAUGGAUAAGUGUGCUGGCAUAUUUAACGUUGUGAGUAAUUCAUUAGGGCUAGUCAUAUUGUUAGUCCUAGCAUUAUUCAAUAAG